AUGGCUCCCAGUCGUAUUGACUCUGUUCCUACAGAGAGCUCUGGAACUUCGCCAGUUCAAAAGCUGAAAACAUCAAAUGCAGCCUCGCAAGAUCCCUAUGGCUACUAUCAUCCCGCCGAUCCAGCUACUCUAAGUCUUGAAUCCAACUAUGGUCCCAUGGAUCCUCAGACAAUUGGUUACCUCCAGCCAACAACCAUGAACACGCCAUUGGAGGUGAUGCAUGAGCGAUUCGAAAGAGAUGGUUACCUCUUUGUCAAAGGCUGCAUCGACAAAGAAAUCUCCCUCGCCUGUCGCCGCGACUACUUCACGCACAUGGCCCCAAGCGGUCUUCUCCAAGAAGGAAGUGACCCUGUCGACGGUAUCUACUCCGGAGCCGAUUCGCGUAAAUACCUCCCUCCUGGUAACCUACGCCGCCUCUUUGGUCUCAAAGACGAUCCCCAGAGCGAUCGAUACGUUGAGCUUAUGGUCUCAGCCCACGAAGCUGACUUCUAUGUGGAGUUUUGCAAGAACGAGCAGCUCCGUGACUUUGUCCGCAGGUUCACCGGCGUGAAGCAUCCUCAUAUGCUACAACGCACAAUGCUCCGGGCUUUUGUCCCCAACAGCGAGCUGACACCCGUUCACUUUGACCAGAUGUAUCUCCGAGCAGGUCCUCCCACAAGUCUCACUGCCUGGAUUCCCAUCGGCGACGUGUCUCUCGAAGGAGGCGGUCUGAUGUAUCUUCAAGGUUCAACCGACAUCGGAAAGAAGACUGAAGACGAUUUUGCCGCCAACUCAAACAACUUGACCGAUGAGGAGCGAGUUAGCGCAUUCAACAAGAAUAUGAAUGACGGUGGCUUCUUGAGCAGAGACACAGUUGCCUACGGCAAGGAGGCACGAAGAAAGUGGCUCAUUGCUGAGUAUGAGGCUGGCGACGUAAUUUUCCACAAUCCUUACAUGGUUCAUGCCAGUUGCAAAAACCGAGACCCCAACAACAAGAUUCGUCUUGCAACGGACGUGAGAUUUGUCGAUCCGGAGAAACCUUAUGACACUAUGGACUGUGAUGGUUCGAGGGCUAAGGCAACAAGUUUCAUAACAGGAAGCAACAAGAAUAAAUGUUCGGUAAAGUCAUAG